UGUUAUUUUUGAAGUUAAUUCUGAAUUAAGAAAAUAUAUUGUCAGUUUUAAUAAUGACAUGUUUUUAAAUGAGUUGAUGAAUGAAAAUGGUGAUGGUUAUAAUAAGGCCCCAAUUUUGGUGUUUUUGAAAGAAUAUUGUAUGGAGUUGUAUGAAAUGGCGCCAGAGAAAACCUCCCAAUGCAUUUACAAUCUAAUAGAAAAUCUAGACUCAAAAACGAUUAUCCUAUUAAAAAAGGAUAUCACAGAAUGCUUAAUCAUUUACAAAACAUUAUUAAAUCAAACUCAACUACAAAUCAGUUUCGAAAAAUGGUCUGAAAAACUAGAUCUAAAUAAAAUAACUGAAUUAAUUCAAGAAAAAUCUCUAUUUACUGAAUUCUCACAAGAAACGUCGGAUAAAAUACAAGCCUUAAUAAUUAUGACGGAUUUAAUUAAUUUUUCUAUAAAAGAAGCUAAAAAUUGGACUUUAUUAUUAAUAGCAAAUUUAACCAAUACAGAAAUUAAAUGGGGACGAAUAUUCCUAUCCGACUUGCUUGCCUUGUCAGAAAAGUCGCUUUUAAAGUCGGAUUUUGAGAAAAUUUUGAAUGAGUAUUUGGAUUUUGUAAGACGAUAUAUAAAUGUGUAUUUUAGAAAGCUCGUUGAGAAGCCCUUUGUUUUGAAGACCGAUCAGUGGUCGAUUCUAAGUGAAAUUGUUGAGUAUUUUACAAAAUAUUAUGAGGAAGAAUAUUUUGAUAAUGUUCUGGAGUUGGUGGAGAAAGCUUUUUUUCAGUUAUGGCCUUCAUUCGAAAUAUCAAGUAAUCUAGACCAAAAACAGUCUAUCUUGCUAAACUUACUGCGUCUACCUAAGAGUGUCGGUUUGGAUGCCUUACCUGUCAGGUGGGCAGUCACUCUGCUGACUACCGAGGGAGCUAGCCUUGAAGAUAAGACCAAGAUUGUUAGCACUUUGCCGGCAGGGGACCAGUAUAGUAUACUAUACCGUGCCUUCGCCUCGAACCUGCCUGUCCGUCUGUGUGAAAUGCAGGGCGAGUACAUACCGCCGCUGCGGGCCUUGUUAGAUACACUGGCCUCUAAUGGGGACCCCACACUACUGGAUAUAGUCAUCACUUUGGCUGGAGGUGAUGACACUAAGGGCUGGUGGGACCAAGCUAUCGACGCGUGCAUGUCAUCCCUGGCUAAGAGACAAGAUAAGGCCAUACUCACCAAGGCCUAUCAGAGGUCCACAAUGGGGGACACGUUGGGUGUCUGUAACCGUGUGCUCUUGCCUAUAUUGAGGCAUUCGUCUCGCAAGUUCUGCGAGGAGUACAUAUCGACGCUGGCCCCCGAUUUGUUCAGCACUCGAGUUGCGUUCAAGAUGCCCGCGAACACGGACGGGUACAGGAGGCAAGUCAAGUGUCAAGCUAUCAACUUCAAUGUACUGAAGAUUGUUUUCGAUAAGCUACCUUCAGAGAUAUUAGAAUGCAGUAUUUUAAAUGAAAGUGCCGGCUCUGACAAGCCAUGGUACUUUACCGAGCAGGCGUGUAAAUACUGUGUCACUAUUAGUGCCAAUACGAAGUGUCCUGAAGGCGCAUCGCCAGAGUUAAGGGACGCUUGUCUUUGGUUACAGACCUCCGCUUACAACUGUCUCACGGCCGCCAUAUGCAGGCGGAAGCCAAAAAAGAAGCUGUACGCAAGAAUCUUCGAUGCCCACGCGUGGGCAAAAAUCGUGGACAAAGAUGCGGUGUACCCUUUCGAGUUGCAAGCGUAUUCUAGUUACCGGGGCAGUACAUCAUCUCAGAGACAGUUGGAGGUGUAUACCAGCUCGUCCUUCAGCGGGACAGUGAGAAGCCGCCUGUUCCUGACGACCCUCACCGAGAACCCGCUGCAAUAUGACAUGAUACCUCAUGAUGGAGACGAUGAUUUGGAAGAAGACCAACCACCGGAGUUUGAAGACAGCGUGCUCGACACCCACGGAUGCCUGAGCACGCUGACGUCACUACUCGAGCACUCGAGCACUCUCGAGCACGAUGACUGGAAGAGCAUCACGAUUGCUUGUCUCACAACCGAGGGCGUGUUGAAUGUCAAGUGGUUGGUUGCACAGGCAAUAUGUAACGCUUCAGAUUGCCUCAAGAUUCACGCGAGUGAGUUGACACCAGCCUUGCUACAUCUGAUAGCGGACACACCACGAACACACAACAAUAGAUUAGUCUUAAAUAAUCUGCAUCUAGAUAUACUUACAACCAUUAUAAAUUGGAAUAUCACAGAUAUACCCAAAAAUGAACACUUGGACGUCUCUAUAGAAUAUUUAAUCUCAACUAUAUUAGAAUAUAAACAUCGGAAGAAUGUACAAAGGAGACUUCUUAACGUUCUAAAUAAUAUUUUACAAAUAUAUGGAGAUAUUGUUCAUGUAAAAUGGAAUGUUUUUAGAGAUUAUUGUAAAGAUUUCCCAAAACAAAUAUUUUCCUUACUAAUAACAUUUGAAAAACUAUUAAAAAAUAAAGUGCCAUUGCCAGAUUUACUGCCAAAUAUAUUCUUGAUAACAGAUCCAAAAAUUUGGUCUGGCAAUUACAAAUUAUCUGAAGUUUGCGGUUUGGCACUAAAUCUGGCGGAUUCUGGCACUAAAGAAGAAUACUUGGCAAGGUUCUGGCAAAUAUUGAAUAGUGCCAAAUCAAAUAAUGUUAGUGGGUAUAUUAAAAUAUUAUAUUAUACCCAAAGAUACUGUCGGGAAUGCUGUGAUAAUCAACAAAUCAGAAACAUAACAGACUUAUCAACGAAAAUCGAUAAAUCGAAAUGCCUGACUAUUAUAGCUAAUUACUUAGAGAUUGCACACGAUAAUGACUCUUAUUGCCGAGAGAUAUUUGAGAUCAUUUUCCUUUGCGAUUUGCUAGAAGGUGAAUUUAAAGUUGAAGCUAUGAGAAUAGUGGGGAGUGGUCUGAGGUUCAUGGGGGAGGAUUUGAAAGCUCAGGUGUUGGGGAUCGUUGCCCAGAAUUGUAAGAAUUCCUCUGUGGCUGUCAGAAAGGAGGCUUUUGGGGUCAUUUUGAAGGCUUUUCAAGCGGAAUUCAAACCCCAAACAAACUCGUCAAGCAAACGCCGCGCUCUCGACACCACUCCCAUAUUAGACUCGCUACAGUCCGCUCACCAAGUGGUGAUUGUGUUAGCUGGUGGUAUGUACGACCCUGAAGUGUCUGACAUGCUGGUGGAGGGGCUGGUCGGGUGCCUGUCUGAAGAUCUGACACUUAGAUUCGCGGAACUUUUCUAUAUAUUAGUAUACCAGAGUUUUUACACCAAAAUUGAUAAUUUAGAUCUUUGUAACUGUGGAUACAAGUUGUUAACAAUAUUGUUCAGAGAUCUGAGAAAUAAUGAUACGUUUACUUCUAGCAAGUUACGAGAAGAGAGUUUACCACAAAGUAUACUGAAAGUCACAGAAACUCUUACUACGAGAACGAAACUUAAGACAGUCAUGAGGUCUAGCGUGACAUACAGACAGACGGUUAAAAAACCUACCGAACGACGUGCAAUCGAUGUACAAAUAUCUAUAAAUGAACUGUUAGAUACAUUUCUACAGUUAGCAAAGGUAAACUCUGAAGCGUGUCUAGAACUGUGCUCUCAAGUAAUGAAGUGUUUAAACUCCGCGGGUCGCAGGUUCGAUCUGAGCUCAUUAGUAGCCAAGCAAUUGUAUGGAAUCGUGAAGAAAGAACCAAAUUGUUUGACCCCUCUCGUUUUGGAAGCCUGCAGGGUAUAUAUAAAUGGCGUUAGUGGGAUGGUGGGUUUCAAAGAAUCAAUAGAAAUUAUGAAAUUUAACCUACGUAACAGCGAGGGUUAUGCGUAUACCAAUAUUGUAUACGAAGAUCUCGUGCUAAGGAGUGGGGAUAGAAACCAGUUUGUCUUCAGAAUGAUAAAUGAAGAUUCAGAUAUUAAAAUGAGAGAUCAAGAGUUUACUAUAGAAGGCCUCAUAGACCUAUUUGGGAGCCUCUCAAACUGGGACACCCUGAGGAUGCAAGAGCGGCUCCAAGUCGAGAACAGCCUCCCCACAUUGUGGGCAAAGGAAGAUGACUUCAAGGUCAAGUUGAGGGAGUACUUCGACAAGGCUGAGGGGAAACUUGACUACAGUUUAUGGUUUAACAAAAUGAUAGCUUCUUACUUCCCGGAUGAAGUUAUUCAAGAUAGGAUCAGUUGGUUGAGAGGAACUGAGUUGUGGCCGAAAAGGGAGUUCGUUACUUCAGCUAUAAUAGAAGCAAUACAAUGGCAUGAGCCCGGCUUCGCUCGCCUUCCCACACACAUACGCGAAGAACAUUGCCUCGUCGAAACCGCCGCUAGACUUAUGAUCAGGUCAUCAUUCCAUCACCUAAACACGUGCAGUGAUGACCAAGAGGUGGUGAACAGGAUGUCUCUAGGUGAUGAGCUAGCGUGGUGCAGAGAGGCGAACAGACGGAAGCUGCCUUAUUUAGCCCUACAGUGUAUAGAGAGAAAUAAAGAGUUGUUACUGGACGUUGACAUACUGCCUUGGAUCACUGAAAAGAUUUCAGCUUACAGAACGAUUGGUCUGAAAGACACCAACACUAUAAGUUUUCAGAGGGCUUUAGAUGCCGCAGAGAGACAAUCCUCUAAGUAUGGACACCAUUCAUCUUUAUACACGAAUAUAUCUAUACAGAAACUGAUAUUACAACUGAACAAUGAUUUAAACUCGUUAUCAACGACAAAAUUGGAUGAUGUUACACAAAAUGUGAACCAACAGCUGUUUAGACCACAAAAGAUGUUGUCAUGCAAGAACAAGCAAGCCUUAAAGAAGUUUUAUGAGAGAGCUUUGAUAUAUUAUAAUGAGCUAUGGGAUGAUGAUGAUAAAGCAUAUCAAAACACAAUAUUACUGCGUAUGUCAGAAAUAAUAUCAUAUAUAUUGGACCACGAUCUAAGCAGAGAAUUUGAUCUAUUAUUCUCUGGCCUAUUAAAUAGGCUGGCCCAUUCCGGAGCGGCUAUCAAUGAAGGGACAGCUGAAAAGGUUCUAGAGCAAGUAAACAGAGUAUUUGAUAACCUCGACUCCUUCAGUGUUGCUAUACUCAAGAAAAUCAUAACAAUGUUGCCAUCGUUAAAAGAUAAUUAUUUGGAUAAAUUCAAAGAUGAUAGUGUUGCUAUAUGUAAAAUGUAUUUUCAAUUGAUAUGUGAUGUUAAUUAUUCUUUAUUGCAAUAUUGUGAUAAUUUACGAAGGAAUCUUUUUGACAAAACAAAAUGGGAUGAAAUAUUUAAUAGUAUGAAACAAACCUUAUUGGAAACCCCACACGGUGGUACUGACUACCAGUCGUUGAUAACAAUGAAAAAUAAGCUCUAUGCCUUAGACAAUAUGGAUGAUAUUGACACAAAGAACGUCCAUCUAAAAUCCAUAAUCUCGGAGCUACUCUCCAAGCCCCCCCGGACUGGUCUCCGCCUGUCGCAGCUGUGUCCCGGGCUGUCAGCCCACACUGAGCAGCCCAACAGUGGGCUAAGGACCCUGCUGCGGUUGCCUAGCAACGUCAGCGUCGUCAAGUUCUGCGAGCAAAUAUCAGUAUUCACUGAUUCGAUUCGACGUCCCUGCGUUAUCAGAGCCCUGCUGUCUAACGGCCGCACCAGACGGUACAUGAUCAAGAGCGGGGAGUCGCUGUACAGGGACGCCGCCAUACAACGGGUGGCCGCGGCCUUGCCGAGUAUAGCAGAUAAUAGUCAUAUAGUCAAUUAUAAUGUAACCCCUCUAGGCGAGGAAUCAGCCAUUAUAGAAUAUCUUGAAGACCACGUCAGACUGAGAGAUCUGAUGGAGAAACAAUUUGAUAUCGAUAAUAUCGGUAUAUCUGGCGACGUUAACGACAGACUCAUAUUAGCACCAUCGUUGGCACUAGAGCAGUACCACGCCAUGUGUGAUAAAGUACCACCGCAUAUACUCAGAUCAGCUAUAGAACAAGACAGUUCUUGCGUUAAGGAGUUUAUUAUCAAGAAGAAGACUUUUGCAGAUACACUCGCGUCUAUGACAAUAAUUAACUGGCUAUUUGACAUAGGCGACCGUCACCUCCACAACAUGUUGUACAACUCCCGCGGCGGCUCUGUCUGCGGCGUGGACCUGGCGGCGACUCACGCGGCGCCCCCCGCCAGGCUCACGCGCUGUCUACUAGCUGUGACGAGCAGGAAUGAGCUAGAGAGUCGUCUGCAGAAUAUGCUGUCAUCAUUACGAGAGCGGAGGAAACUUCUGGAAGCUUUCAUCAAAACAUCGUUCUAUUGGAUGGGACCCAAUUUUGAAGAGUUACAACCAAUUCUAUCUAUCUUGUCCGGGUCGUGCGUAUCGUACGAUAUAUCGAAGCGAUGUUUGGAGAGCAGUAACAAGAAGUACAAGGAAAAACACCUGUUAUUGUUGGACGAGGUUUUCAAAGAUUUUGUACCGAAAGCUUCUUAUAGUGUUGAAGAUCAGAUAUCCUGCCUUCUCCACCACUGCACGGACCCCAGGAUCCUGUCUGUAACCCCAUCAGGGUGGGAGGCGUGGUUGUAACAACAGCCUGUAACUGUCCCACUGCAAGUCGUGGGAGACUAUUACAUCGCGACUGUCUCUCUGACCUCCACAGUUACUGUGACACAGUAUCACAUAGUAAGACUGCGCGACACAACUGUACUGACAUAACGACUGACAAAUAUCAACGUGUGACAGUCGGGAGAAGUUACAAAAUUAGAUUUUUUGUGAUUUUUUACUUGAAAAUGUAAUAUUUUAAUUGUGUAUUUUGGUGUGUUUG